AAAUAUAUCUCUGCAUACACUGCGAUCACUGUAAAAAAAAAAAAUCAGAAAGAGGAAAGCAAUUAGAAGAAACCAAAGCGAUGGUUACAGCAGCAACAACAGCACCACCAUCUUUACAUCUCCUUUUUUCAAGUCAUCGUUCAAUUUCUCGCAUCUCUCCUAACCAAUUAUGCAUCUUUGACUCAAAAGCAUACCUCUCGAGUACCACUAGCAGUUAUAAUUGUAAGAAGAGAUAUGUCAAUGGUGGAGUCCGGUGCAUGGCGGUGGGUGCGGCGGCGGAUGCAGAGACAAAGAAGAAAAGUGGGUUCGAGAUUCAAACACUUACAAAUUGGUUGUUGAAGCAGGAACAAGCUGGGGUGAUUGAUGCAGAGCUUACAAUUGUGCUUUCAAGCAUUUCAAUGGCGUGUAAGCAAAUUGCUUCUUUGGUUCAAAGAGCUAGCAUUGCCAACAUGACUGGAGUUCAAGGAGCUGUUAAUGUUCAAGGGGAGGACCAGAAGAAGCUCGAUGUCAUUUCAAAUGAGGUGUUUUCUAACUGCUUGAGAUCAAGUGGACGGACAGGAAUUAUAGCAUCAGAAGAGGAGGAUGUACCAGUUGCAGUGGAAGAGAGUUACUCUGGCAACUAUAUUGUGGUAUUUGACCCGCUUGAUGGAUCAUCAAACAUUGAUGCCGCAGUGUCGACUGGAUCAAUAUUUGGUAUCUACAGCCCCAAUGACGAGUGCCUUGCCGAUAUUAGUGACGAUGCCAGUCUUGACAAAGAAGAGCAGAGGUGUGUGGUGAGUGUGUGCCAGCCAGGAGACAACCUACUCGCUGCAGGCUACUGCAUGUAUUCAAGCUCUAUAAUAUUUGUAAUCACAAUUGGGACAGGAGUGUUUGCAUUCACCUUGGAUCCCAUGUACGGAGAAUUUGUUCUAACUCAAGAGAAGAUACAAAUACCAAAAGCCGGAAAGAUUUACUCCUUCAAUGAGGGAAACUACCAGUUGUGGGAUGACAAGUUGAAGAAGUACAUUGAUGAUCUUAAAGACCCAGGUCCAAGUGGUAAGCCCUACUCUGCUCGAUACAUCGGUAGCUUGGUUGGGGACUUUCAUCGAACACUUCUUUAUGGUGGCAUUUAUGGGUACCCAAGAGACAAAAAGAGCAAGAAUGGGAAAUUGAGGCUCUUGUAUGAGUGUGCACCAAUGAGCUUUAUAGUGGAACAAGCAGGUGGGAAAGGAUCAGAUGGCCAUAAGAGAGUACUUGACAUUACACCAACGGAGAUACAUCAGCGUGUUCCACUUUACAUUGGAAGCCUGGAAGAAGUGGAGAAACUGGAGAAGUACUUGGCAUGAUUGAAUUUGAAAAGUCGAUAUAAUUUUUGUUCAUGAACAUAUAAUGUCUCAUUGCAGUUUCUCAAGUAAUACUCUACUGUCUACUGAGAUGCGAAAGAAAAAAUUGGCUUGUUUUUUUAAAA